AUGCCUUACAUGGUCGGCAUCCAUACUAUUAUUGCGCUCCGCACUCAUGGAUGUGCUGGUGUCAGGGGCGGGAAUCCCACUGAACAGUGGGACAAGCAGGCCAUAAAACAGACUUUGGAAGAAGAAGCUAGGAGAUGCCAGUGGCUGGUGCUAUGGCUUGAUUGUGAUAGAGAGGGUGAGAACAUAGCAUAUGAAGUGAUCGAUGUUUGUACAAGUGCCAACAGUCAUCUUAACAUUUGGAGGGCUCGCUUCUCAGCUUUGAUUGACAGGGAAAUACAUGAAUCUGUGCAACAUCUUGGCAGGCCCAACAAGCUGUUUGCAGAUGCUGUGGAUGCAAGACAGGAAAUUGACCUUCGCAUUGGUGCCUCCUUCACAAGGUUUCAAACAAUGCUGUUAAAAGAUGCAUUUGUAAUUAAUGUGACUGGGGAUGAUAGGAAUUUAGUUCUGAGCUAUGGUCCUUGUCAGUUUCCAACCCUAGGAUUCAUUGUUGAGCGUUUCUGGGAGAUUCAAGCUCAUGAACCUGAAGAGUUCUGGACGAUAAAUUGUACUCAUACUUCAGAUGAAGGCACUGCAUCUUUUGGUUGGAUACGUGGUCAUUUGUUUGAUUAUUCAUGUGCUAUUAGUAUCUAUGAAAUGUGUGUUUCAGAACCAAUGGCAACAGUACAAAAUGUUAGGAAUCAAGAGAAACUAAAAUACCCCCCAUAUCCACUAAGUACAGUGGAGCUUCAGAAACGUGCUUCUAGGUACUUUAGAAUGAGUUCAGAGCACACAAUGAAGGCAAUUGUACGUGAACAAGUGAAUCAUCCAGUUUGGGGAGCAUAUGCUCAGCGACUUCUAAAUCCUGAAGCAAGACUUUGGAGAAAUCCCAGUAACGGUGGUCAUGAUGACAAAGCACAUCCUCCUAUUCAUCCAACCAAGUUUUCAGAAGGUGAAAGAAACUGGAGCCCAGACCACACUAAAAAUUAUCUGGAUGUUUAUCGCUUUGACUCAUGGGGUGGAACAUUACUUCCAACAUACAACAUUGGGCAGCAGUUUGUUCCGACAACUUUAACACUUGAUUCUGGAGUGACUCGGCCACCCCCUCUUCUUGCUGAAGCUGACCUUCUUAGCUGUAUGGAUAAAGCAGGAAUUGGCACUGAUGCAACCAUGCAUGAUCACAUAAAGAAGUUGCUUGACCGUUGUUAUGCAACCAAAGAUGAAAACACACGUUUCUCCCCGACAAAUCUUGGUGAGGCAUUGGUGAUGGGUUAUGAUGAAAUGGGGUAUGAGCUCUGGAAGCCUUAUUUAAGAUCAAUGAUGGAAGCUGAUAUGAAAUCAGUUAGCAUGGGUACUAAGAGUAAAUCAGAAGUACUCCAGAGUUGUUUGCAGCAGAUGAAGGCCUGUUUUCUUGAUGCAAGGGUGAACAAAGCAAAACUCCUUGAUGCAAUGGGGACAUUCUUUGCAAGGUCUAAUAGACCUAUAAAUGAAACUCAAAAUCCGGUAGAGGUUGUGAGGCCUUGUGGUGCAUGCAAUGGAUCUGAAAUGGUGCUUAAGCGAAGGGCGACUGGUGAAUUUAUGGUUGGGUGCCGAAGUUAUCCACAAUGUAGAAACGUGGUAUGGCUCCCAGGAUCUCUUUCAGAAGCGGCUGUAACUAAUCAAGUUUGUCCUAUCUGUGCACCAGGCCCUGUUUAUAAGAUUCAAUUCAAGUUCAAAUCGUGA